CCUGAGGUGUGGUGUCAAGUGAAGCAGUUGAGAACUCGCGAUAGGAGUAGUUGUCUCAGCUGCACAUAAGCGUCUGAGGCUCGGCAACGCCUCCCCGAGUGGCCGGCAUUAGGCCUGGGAUAGGGACCGCCGCUCCUGGCCCUGCUCUGCCGACAGGGUCCGAUGGCUGUGGCCACUCCGAGGGAGGCGGCUCAGGGCACUGUGACCUUUCAAGAUGUGGCUGUGUACUUCUCCUGGGAGGAAUGGAGUCUCCUUGAUGAGGCUCAGAGAUGCCUGUACCGUGAUGUGAUGCUGGAGAAUUUGGCUCUUAUAACCUCCCUGGAUGUUUGUCAGCAUCAGAAGCAGCACUUUGGAGAGAAAUACUUCAGAAGCACUGUGGGCAGAACAUUGUUUGUGAAGAGCUACAAAUUUCAUGUGUCAGGGGAGACCUUUACCUGCAGAGAAGUUGGGAAGGACUUCCUGGCCAAGUUGGGAUUUGUUCAUCAACAGGCCACUCACACUGGGGAGCAGUCAAAUAGCAUAAGCAAUUAUGGGGCUGUCAGUCACAGUGAAAGAACUCAUUACAACUGUGAAGAAUACACAAAACCAACCGGCCAAAAACACACACUUGUUCAGCAGCAGAGAGCCCUCACUACAGAAAGAUGUUACAUGUGCAGUGAAUGUGGGAAAUCCUUUAGCAAAAGCUACAGCCUCAAUGACCAUUGGAGAGUUCACAGUGGAGAAAAGCCUUAUGAAUGUCGGGAAUGCGGGAAAUCCUUUAGGCAAAGCUCUAGCCUUAUUCAGCACCGGAGAGUUCACACUGGAGUACGACCUCAUGAAUGUGAUGAAUGUGGAAAAUUAUUUAGCAACAAGUCCAACCUCAUUAAACAUUGGAGAGUUCACACUGGAGAAAGGCCAUAUGAGUGCAGUGAAUGUGGGAAGUCCUUUAGUGACACCUCUGCACUGCGUCAACACCAGAGUGUUCACACUGGAGAGAGGCCUUACGAGUGCAAUGUAUGUGGGAAAUUUUUUACAUAUCAUUCCAGUCUUAUAAAGCACCAGAAAGUUCAUAGUGGAUCAAGGCCUUAUGAGUGUAGUGAAUGUGGGAAGUCAUUUAGCCAAAACUCUAGCCUCAUUGAACACCGUAGAGUUCAUACUGGAGAAAGACCUUAUAAAUGCAGUGAAUGUGGGAAAUCCUUUAGCCAAAGCUCUGCGCUCCUUCAACAUCGAAGAGUUCACACCGGAGAAAAACCCUAUGAGUGUGGUGAAUGUGGGAAAUUUUUUACCUACAGCUCCAGUCUCCAGAAACACCAGAGAGUUCACACUGGUUCAAGGCCUUAUGAAUGCAGUGAAUGUGGUAAAUCCUUUACUCAGAACUCCAGCCUCAUUAAGCAUAGGGGAGUACACACUGGGGAAAGACCUUAUGAGUGCACUGAAUGUGGGAAAUCUUUUAGCCAUAACUCUAGCUUUAUUAAACAUCAAAAAAUUCAUAGUCUAUAAAGGCCUUGUGAGUGGCAAAAUUAUGUGGAAAAUUUGUUUCUUUAAGAUUACCUUAGAGAAAAUCUUAUGGGGUGAAUGUGAGAAAGCAUUCAGCCAAAGGAAUUACCUUAUUAGGUACCACAAAGAUCACAUGGGAAGAACACCUCUGAUAUGCAUGGACGUUCUAUUUCUUUGUUCAUUAUAACAACUGUGAAGGAAAUCACUUAUAUGAGGGUGCCAUCUGCCUGAAUUGAACUUCAAACAUCCACGUAAAUUCCAGGUAUGUGGGAGUUGCACUGUAAUUGUUACCCAGUAACAAUUCCAAAACCCACCUAAUUCCAAGGAUGAUAUUUGGGUAGAUGUCACUGUGAUCUUCAUUGUAAAUUGAAGGAACUGAGUUUCAGAAAGGCCAGAUAAGCACGUCACUUAGUUAAGAGAGUGUGACUCCCAGGCUUUGUGAAUGACUAUAAUAAGCACAGAAUGAAGGUUGCCAGCACACACUGACAAUUACAGUGUUCUUGCCAGAUUGAUGUCAUUCCUGGUUCUGUAGUGGGAGCCAUUUUUCCUCUGCCAGUUGGCAAGUGCUUACUGUAUGCACUUGAAUUCACCCAGGCCAGUGUAUGCAUAUAAGUGAACCUUGGUGUUCUUCCACUCAUGGGAAGAAUUUUUGUUUUUUUUUUCAAUUUUGGCUGGGGCCAGGUUUGAACCCACCACCCCCAGUAUAUGGGGCCGGCACCCUACUCCUUGAGCCACAGGCACCGCCCUCAUGGGAAGAAUUUGAAGGUAACUUGAACAUUUAUUCCCUUUCUCAUUUUUUUUUUCUCUGUGAUGAGUUAGGGCAUGGCACUGAUCCAGUUUGGCCCAGAAGACUGUUGGUGACUUUGUUAGUCUCGGACGACUAUUUUGAUGGAAUUUUCCAGCCUCCAGAUCAACUGUGGGAACCACCUGCCCGUCAUUGCCCUGGUUUGUACGAUAAUAAAGGCCUUAUUGUUUAAGCCACCAUAAAUAGCCACAUUGGGGGUUCUUUUUACUAUACAGUGUGGUUUCAAAACAAUUGGCUUCUGCUAACAUGAAGGGUUAAACAGUUUUGUUGGGAUCCCAACUUUGUAUCACGGAGGGCAGUGUGAUGGCAGAUUAUACCUCUUUCCAAUUUGGGCCUAGUUUGCAUUGACAUCCAAGACUUGCAAGGUAAACCUGCAGGAUGCCAUGGCAUACUAUGGAUUCAUAGAGAAGGGGUAGUUGUGACAACCUGGUGCUUCUGAGAGCAAUACAAAAUUACUCUGUUCACAAGGAAUCUUUACUCAGCAUUUGCAAGGGAAAUCUGUUUCUCAGGUCCUACAUAUCAUCUAUAUGCCUUGAUAUCCUGAGUUUCAUCUGGGAUGCUUAUAAAAUUAUAGUGGGAAUUAUAACAGAAAUACUGGUUUGAUAGGAGUGGAAGUGGCUGCAGUAAACUGAUUCUGUGUGCCUGUCUUACAGGGGUGUCCAUGAUGUUCCAGUCCUUGUGGCUAUGAAGGAGGGGCAGGUGCAGAAAUUCUCAGAACCUUCAGAACUGUGUAUCUUGUGUAGCUCAAGUCAUUGUCAGAGAAAAUAAUCCAAAGGUUUUAUGAAUUCCUGUAACCUCUGGGCUUUUCACCUCAAAGGCAUUGCUGUGCGGGCAGAAAAACGACAUAGAGAAGGCAGAUCUUAAUCCAUCAAUACGGCCUUUGUGAUUCUGUCACCACUCCUUUUGAAUCAGGAAGAAACAGCCUUCACUGUUCUCCUAUAUUUGCUACCACUGAGGCAAGGUGUCCAUACCAAGGCAUGAAGAGGGACUGUCGAACUUAUUUUCCAAAAACAGUAGGAAAUUCAGAUUUAUUUCAAAACAUAUUUAGAAAUCUUUGAGAAAGUGUAAAUGGUUUAUAUUUAAACUUUAUAAUAUGAUAAGGUUUGACAUUUAUAUAAACUCAUCUUCACAGUCAUGAACCUAUCCAUUAUCUUUGUAGUUAACCUCAUACCCUUUAAUAAUUCUCCCCCUCUAAGCAAACAUUGAUUUACUCUCCAUUAUAAUAUAUUAGUUUUUAUUUUCUAGAAUUCUACGUGAUUGAAAUCUUGAGUUUUUUCCCUUGGAUAUAUUCAUGUAGUGCAUUUAUUUUGAGAUUCAUCAGUGGUCCUUAUGUGAGUAGUUCGUUCGUUCUUUUUCUUUUUUUUUAAGAGACAGAGUCUUACUUUGUCACCCUUGGUAGAAUGCUGUGGCAUCACAGCUCACAGCAACCUUCAACUCUUGGACUUAGGUGAUUCUCUUGCCUCAGCCUCCCAAGUAGAUGGGACAACAGGCACCCACCACAACGCCUGGCUAAUUUUUUGUUGCAGUUUGAACGGGGACAGGUUUGAUCCCGCCACCUCCGGUAUAUGGGCCUGGUGCCCUAUUCCUUUGAGCCACAGAUGCUGCCCAGUAGUUUCUUUUUAUAUUGAUUAGAAGUAUAGUGUUCUGUGGACCACUAUUUGUUUAUUCAUUCAUCUGUUUUUUGUUGUUUUUUUUUUUUUUGAGACAAUCACUAUGUUGCCCUUGUAGAGUGUUGUGGCAUCAUAGCUCACAGCAACCUCCAACUCUUUGGCUUAAGCGAUUCUCUUGCCUCAGGCUCCAAAGUAGCUGGGACUACAGGUGCCCGGCUAUUUUUUGGUUGCAGUUGCCAUGGUUUUAGCAGGUCUGGGCUGGGCUUGAACCUGUCAGCCUCGGUGUAUGUGGCCUUCACCCUACUCACUGAGCACAGACUCAUUCAUCUGUUUAUGGAUAUUUUGAGUUGUUUACUGGUAUAAAGUUAUUUCAAGUAAAACUGCUACAAUUGUUCACAUGGAUAUGUUUCAUUUCUCUUGCGUUAAUACCUCAGGGUGCAAUGUCUGAAUCACAGAUUAGAUGACUGAAUAACUUUUUAAAAAAUGUCACGCUUUAGGGCGGUGCCUGUGGCUCAAGGAGUAGGGCGCUGGUCCCAUAUGCCGGAGGUGGUGGGUUCAAACACAGCCCUGGCCAAAAACCACAAAAAAAAAAAAGUCACACUUUGACUAAAAUGGUUGUUCCUUUGGAUUCUUACGAACCCUGUAUUAUAGUUCCAAUUCUUCCUAUCUUUGCUUAAGUAUGUGAACAUUAGGGUUUUUUUGUUUUGUUUUUGUUUUUUUAGACAGAGUCUGUUGUUACCCAGGCUAGAUUAGUAAAGAUGGAGAUCUUGCCCUUGGUUGGGCUGGUCUUGUACUCCUGUGUUCAAGCAGUCCUCUUGCCUCAGCCUCCCAGAGUGCUAGGAUUACAGGUGUGAACCACUGAGCCUAGCCAAAUGGAUAUGGUUAGUUUUGAAAUUUUGACUUCUUUAACAGAUGUGUAGCCAUAUCUCACUGGUGUAUUUCCCUGAUGAAGAGCAUCUUCAUUUUUUUUUUUUGUCACCUGUAUAUCUUCCAUGGUAAAAUCUGUUCAUAUCUUUUACAUAUGGUAACAAAUGAAUUUUGACUAUUUCUUUUUUCAUUAACAAGUAAGUAGAUAAUGAAACAACAAAGAUUUAUGUUGGAAUUUCAUUCUUUAGUGAUGUGACUUAUUUUUCUGUAAGGAACAAUUGUUUUUAAAUACCACAGUGGUUCAGUGGUUUCUUUUCUUUUUCUUUUUUGGUGCUAUAUCCAAUAUGUUGACCACAUAGACCAUAUAUUUUUAAGUUUAAUCUGUAUUAUAUUAUCAUCCUCCAUCAUUUUCAAAUUCUAGAUAAGCCAACAAUACAAUAACUCAAGUUGUGGUUUGUAUUUUUUUCCAUGUCCCAAUGGUAUAUAAAUGUUCUCACCAUGAAUGUCAAACUGCCAACAUGAUGUCACUGAACAUGAAAUGGGGAAGAGUCUACAGUAGCAUACCAAUAUAUUGUUUCCACCAUACUGAUACAGUAGCCACAAAUAACCUUAAGAAUAUAGAAAAUAAUAAAAUAUAUAUUGUUAUUGGAAGAACAUUUAAAACUGACAAUUCUAGGGCGUGUCCUCUAUAGAUGUGCACAUGGUGUUUCUUCACCAAACCUGUAUUUGCUCCUUUUUAUGUAUUCAUUUAAAUUCUUUACCAUCUUACACGUCCCUUUUCUCCUCUUCCACAAGCUUCACUUACGGAACAUAGUGGGGUUUACUCUAGGUGCCAUAUAGCACCUUAAGAGUCCCCUUUACUCUGGGAGGCCGAGGCGGGUGGAUUGCCUGAGCUCACAGGUUGGAGACCAGCCUGAGCCAGAGUGAGACCUUGUCUCCAAAAAUAGCCUGGCGUGUGGUGCGGGCCUGUAGUCCCAGCUACUUGGGAGGCUGAGGCAAGAGAAUUGCUUAAGCCCGAGAGUUUUUUUUUUUUUUUUUGAGACAGAGCCUCAAGCUGUCACCCUGGGUGGAGUGCCAUGGCAUCAUAGCUCACAGCAACCUCCAACUCCUGGGCUCAAGUGAUUCUCCUGCCUCUGCCUCCCAAGUAGUUGGGACUACAGGCGCCCACCACAACGCCUGGCUAUUUUAUUUUGGUUGCAGCCAUCAUUGUUGUUUGGCAGGCCCAGGCUGGAUUCAAACCUGCCAGCUCAGGUGUAUGUGGCUGGCGCCUCAGCCACUUGAGCCACAGGCGCCGAGCCAGGCCCAAGAGUUUGAGGGUGCUGUGAGCUGUGACGCCAUAGCACUAAACUGAGGGCAACAUAGUGAGACUGUGUCUCAAAAAAAAAA